UUCAUUUUUCAAGCUUUUUUAAUUGAACACGUGUGAUGCGAGUUCCAACCUACAAAAUUUUGGCCUAGGAAAAGUCGUUCCAAAUUUUGGCCAAUAUAUAGGAUAUUUAUCUCUAUAAUCUCAACCCUUAAUCCUCUCUCUACCUGUCAAAAAAAAAAAAAAAAAAAAGAAUGGGGGAAGAUCAGAAUGACAGAUCAAUGGAAACACCACUUAUGAAUAUCAUAGAAAGAGAGCAGCUAGAUGAUAUAGAAAGCAAAAAUUGGAGAAAAUCCUUAAUUGAAGAGAUGAAGAAACAAGCAUGGCUAGCAGGGCCACUAGUGUCAGUGAACUUAUUGCUGUUUAGCUUGCAGUUGAUUUCCAUUAUGUUUGUUGGUCAUCUUGGUGAAUUACCACUUUCUGGUGCUUCUAUGGCCACUUCCUUUGCUACUGUUACUGGCUUUAGUUUGUUGAUGGGAAUGUCAAGCGCCUUAGACACCUUCUGCGGACAAUCGUAUGGGGCAAGACAGUAUCAUAUGCUAGGAAUACACUUGCAAAGGGCCAUGAUCAUCCUUACUAUUGUAAGUAUUCCCCUAGCUCUUAUAUGGGCAAAUUCAAGAUCAAUUCUAAUAGCAUGUGGCCAAGAUCACCAAAUAGCAGCUGAGGCAGGACAUUAUGCUCAGUUCUUGAUCCCCGGUCUCUUUGCCUAUGGCCUUCUUUACUCGCUCCUGAGAUUCUUACAAACCCAAAACAUCGUUUUCCCUAUGAUGAUAAGCGCUGGGAUCAGCACAUUAUUGCAUUUGCCAGUAUGCUGGAUUUUGGUCUUCAAAACAAGCCUAGGAAACCGAGGAGCUGCUCUUGCAACUGGUAUCUCUUAUUGGAUCAACUUCAUAUUGUUAGCACUUUAUGUCAAAUUUUCGUCUGCGUGUUCGAAAACGUGGACUGGAUUUUCUAUUGAAGCUCUCCAUAAUUUACUCACAUUCUUCAAACUCAGUAUUCCUUCUGCUUGUAUGGUUUGUUUAGAAAUGUGGUCGUUCGAAUUGAUGGUUCUCUUAGCUGGUCUUCUUCCCAACCCAACGUUAGAAACAUCCGUGCUCUCUAUUUGCCUUAACACAGCCGCAACUGUGUGGAUGAUCCCCUUUGGUCUUAGCGGUGCUAUAAGUACUCGAGUUUCGAACGAAUUAGGAGCAGGGCGCCCUCAAGCAGCACGAUUAGCAGUAUCAGUUGUUUUGUUGCUUGCCAUUAGCGAGGGCGUUUUAGUUGGAACCGUGGUGAUCUUGAUACGCAAUAUUUGGGGCUAUGCUUAUAGCAAUGAAGAAGAAGUGGUCAGAUAUGUAGCUGUAAUAUUGCCUUUGCUUGCGGUAUCGAACUUCCUAGAUGCACUUCAAUCUGUUCUUUCAGGUAUUGUCAGAGGUUGUGGGUCCCAGACAAUUGGAGCAUUUAUCAACCUGGGAUCGUAUUAUAUCUUUGGCAUACCUACUGCUAUUCUGCUAGCUUUUGUGUUGCACAUUGGUGGAAAGGGUUUGUGGCUGGGGAUCAUUUGUGCGUUGAUUGUUCAAACCGUGUCACUGUUCGUCCUUACCAUUACAAUAAACUGGGAAGAAGAAGCAAAGCGGGCAAGAGAAAGAGUGUACGAUGGGGAAGCAAUUUUGCCUGUAGAAUCAGUGUCAUGAAUCUGAAUUAUGCAAUUCGAUCAACCUAUGUUAUUGAACUUCCGAGAGAUCAAGGUCGAUUUGUCACAAAUGUAGCACAUUUUUCACAAUAUCUAAUUUUGUGAUAUCCUUCCUAAUAAUGGAAGUUGCAGAAAAUGAAUAGAAGCACCUACCCUUAACAUCAUUUUGAAAUGAAAAUCAGGAAUGGUAAUAUCUUAAACCUCAUUUUUCAUGAAAUUCUGAAUAUAUGUAAUAUCUGUAAGAACAUAUCGCAAACAUAAUCAAUUAUAUGAAUCAUUCAAUAGGAAUUAAAUAUCAAA